AUGCCUAAAAUCAAUAUUGCCAUUGACGGACCAGUCGGCUCCGGCAAAACCACGAUUGGCCGCUUGGUGGCCCAAAAAUUAAAUUAUCAAUUUUUAGAUAGCGACCGGUUUUUAAUUGAUAACCCGGAAAUUGCCGUCCAAUUAGAGCAGCAAAGAGACGUUUUGGGUUCUGAAAAAAUUGGCAAUUUGGCUUCGCAAUUGGCAAUUAUCAAAGAAUUACGAACCAUUAUUCUCAAUUGUCAACGCUUAUUGACCCAAAAUAAAGGCUGGGUUGUAGUCGGACGAGACAUAACCUCGGAAGUCUUGCCCGACGCCGAAGUCAAGAUUUUUCUGACCGCCAAUUUGCUGGCUCGCGAUGAAAAAGAUAAAAACCGCACCCUUUCUCCCUUACGAAAAACGGCCGAUAGGCAAGAAGUUAGCAGUAAUGUGCUAGCUGAGAUAGAAGACAUUGUUGAAAGUAUCAAAAAAGAUUUUGGAGAAGAAUCAGUUAUUCUAUUGGGGGAAAAUGAAAAAAAGCCCCGAGAGGUGAUUUCCACUGGCAGUUAUUUGCUGGACCAGGCUAUUGGGGCAGGCGGCUAUCCGUGUGGGAGAAUUGUGGAGAUAUACGGCUUAAAAUCUAGCGGCAAGAGCACCUUAGCAUUACAAGCGGUUAGCGAAUGUCAAAAAUUAGGCAAAAAAGCGGCUUACUUUGAUUUAGAAAAUAGCCUAGACAUUAAACACGCUAAAAACGUUGGUGUGAAAAUUAAAGAAUUAAUUACCCCUUAUCCAAGUUCAGGAGAAGAAGUUUUUGACAUGAUGAUUAAAUUGAUUCACAAAAAUGUUGACUUAAUUAUCGUGGAUUCCGUUUCUAAUUUAGUUCCUCUCGUUCAGUUAGAAGCCAAUUUAGGUAAGCAGAGAGUUGGUUCUCAUGCCGCUUUAAUGUCAGCCGGUUUAAGGAAACUUAAACCCGAGUUAGUUAACAAAAAAACUAUUGUCAUUUUCAUUAAUCAAAUACGCAAAAAUAUCUCUAUUAACCCUUAUGCUCCCUCCGAGACCAAGACUGGUGGGAUGGCUCUGGAUUUUGAUGCCGAUUUACAGAUUAAAUUAAAAAAAAAAGAAGACCUCAAAAAAAAUGACAAAAUUAUUGGUAUUGAGACCGAAGCCAAAAUAGUAAAAAAUAAAAUGGCCCCUCAUGGAGAAGUGGUUAAUUUAGAAAUCAUUUUCCCCCAUGGCACGCAAAAAGAACGAGAAAUCAUUGAUUUAGCCACAGAAUUAAAUAUUAUUCACAAAAGCGGAACUUGA